GGGCGGCGCGGGCCCGCGGCACCGUCCUGGGCGCUGCGCCUCACGACUGCUCUUGUUGAACAGGUUUGAGCUCGAGGCUGUGCUGCGGCCGGCUGGACGUCGGAGCCUGGGAGCCCUGGGCCGGAGCGGGGAGGAGAGUCAAAGCACAGGCCCUUCUGCCAUUUCCUCUCGGCCGCUGUGAAAUGACUUUGCCUGGACCCUGAGUCCUUCUCCCCAUCCCGUCGCCACCUUUUAUUUUGCCAGCCAGUGCUAUGAAGUCAUUCUCUCCUUCAGGACCGUCGUUGUGAUGAUGUGACUUCAGCGGGAGGCUAAGCAGGAAGCGAAGCUGGGCCUGAAACGGGAGGCUGUUAGAAGGCAGGUAGAUUCACUGCCCCAGGGUGGGAGGAGAGGCGCAAGGUGAGUGGAGCUCCCUGCGCUUCAGGCCUUUCUGCUGCAGUGCUCCAGUCUGGGAGUAUUGCCUUCAUUCUCAAGUUCCUUGAAUUCCCUCCUGUGAAUCCCACCAAGGAGCAACUUUGACUGGGAACUGGCUUUACCUUGCUUGUACGCAGUCCUCAGUUAACCCAGUAAAACUGAGCCACAGCAAAAAGGAUUGAAUGUGAAGGUGUCUUGCUUACCUGUGGGAACUGAUGUCAGCUGUCUUCUUCCCUGCAGAGCUGUUCCUUGGAGUGCCUCCAUCACCUUUCACAAAUGUGAGCGCAACAGGCCAGCACGGAAAAGGGCCUCCCAUCAUCUUCAAAACACUUUUGCUUUUGGCUUUAAUAUAUAUUCUUUUGUUGUUGUUGUUGUUGUUGAAACUUGAAAUGAUCUUGCAAAGGGUGCUUUCCAUCUUCUCCUCCUGAGAUUUGAGACUGGGCUGGAUUUCCCAUCCCCAAAUUCAGGGCCAGCUGCUGGGAAUUAUAUUCUCUUCAUCAAAUCCUUUCGACUGAGAAGCUGAAGCUGUCAGUGCUGAAAUCCCAUUUCUUUUUCCCAAGCAUGUCAGAAAGCUGGCAACAGCAGCAGCAGCAGCAACAACAACAACAACAACAAGCACAACAGCAACCCCAUCACACUGGAACAGCAGCACUCGCAGAGCAUUCAAUCCCUCCGACCACGGCUGAGAACGCCUUGGGUUGUGCAGUCUACGGCAUCCUGCUCCAACCAGACCCCAAUUUGCAGCACCACCAGCACCCACCGAUCCAGGCUGGAGAACCCUCCCACAAAUGUGGCGUGUGUGGCCAUGACCUCACUCACCUGUCCAAUCCACAUGAGCACCAGUGCCUGCCUGGGCACGACCGCUCUUUCCAGUGCACGCAGUGCCUGAAGAUCUUCCACCAGGCCACCGACCUCCUGGAGCACCAGUGCAUCCAGGUGGAACAGAAACCUUUUGUGUGUGGUGUGUGCAAAAUGGGCUUCUCCCUACUCACCUCCCUAGCACAGCACCAUAACGUGCACAAUGGCAAUGCCAUGAAGUGCUCCAUCUGUGAGAAGACCUACAAGCCUCCUGAGGGGGAGCAUGCCCAGCCCCUGGACCCAUCAGACAAGCCAUACAGCUGUUCCAUCUGCCAGAAGACCUUCAAGCACCUCUCAGAGCUGUCGAGGCACGAACGCAUCCACACGGGCGAGAAGCCCUACAAGUGCACCCUGUGCGACAAAAGCUUCAGCCAGUCCUCACACCUGGUGCACCACAAGCGGACACACAGCUCAGAGCGGCCCUACAAGUGCACAGUGUGUGAAAAGACCUUCAAGCAUCGCUCACACCUGGUCCGCCAUAUGUAUGCCCACUCAGGUGAGCACCUCUUCAAGUGCAAUGUCUGUGAGCUGCACUUCAAGGAGUCGUCGGAGCUGCUGCACCACCAGUGCACACCCAGUGGGGAGCGCCCCUUCCGCUGUGGUGAGUGCCAAAAGUCAUUCAAGCGCCCCUCAGACCUGCGGCAGCAUGAGCGCACCCACAGCGAGGAGAGGCCCUUUAAGUGCGACCUCUGCCAGAUGAGCUUCAAACAGCAGUAUGCCCUCAUGCGCCACCGCCGCACCCACAAGGUGGAGGAGCCCUUCAAGUGCAGCCUCUGCGAGAAGGGCUUUGUGCAGCCCUCCCACCUGGUCUACCACCAGCAUGUGCAUGGCAUUGAGAACCUCUUCAAGUGCAAUGUGUGUCAGAAGGGCUUCAACCAGUCUUCAGAGCUUCUGCGGCACAAAUGUGUGCAGAACGCUGAGCGCCCCUUCAAGUGUACCGUGUGCAACAAGUCCUACAAGAGGUCCUCGGCUUUGCAGAAGCACCAGCUGUCGCACUGCACUGAGAAGCCGCUCAAGUGCACACUGUGCGAGAGACGCUUCUUCUCUUCCUCAGAGUUCGUGCAGCACCGCUGUGACCCAGUGCGCGAGAAGCCCCUGAAGUGCCCGGACUGCGAGAAGCGAUUCAAAUAUGCCUCGGACCUGCAGCGCCAUCGCCGGGUGCACACAGGCGAGAAGCCAUACAAGUGCCCCUCAUGUGAGAAGGCCUUCAAGCAGCGCGAGCACCUCAACAAGCACCACAGUGUGCAUGCCCGGGAGCAGCAGUACAAGUGCAUGUGGUGUGGUGAGAGGUUCCUGGACUUGGGCCUGCUGCAGGAGCACAGUGUCCAGCACACUACCGAGGGGGCAUAUCAGGUGGCUGCGUGCUUGCCCUGAGCUGCCCCCACAGGUUUCUGCUUGCAUGUGAACCUCUUCAACAGCCCCUUCUCUUUUCUUGUACAAGGCGGAUUCCUGGACCUUGGGAGGGCAGUGGGAGAAGAUCUGCCAGUCCGGUUAGACAUCAUCCUGGCCUCUGUACAUUUCCACCUGCAUUUGGUGUUUUAGUGACGUGCAAAGCCCAAGAGGGGGCAUGGAGGAAAAGGGAGGCAAAGGAUGGAAAUGAAUCCUGUUCCUGUUUGUUCUCUCCUGGUUUAUAGUUUACACUGCCUGUAAACUGUUGUCCUUCUCACAUGUCCCCCAGUACCGAGGUCUCCUGAGAGAACUGGGUAACUCACCUUUUUUUUUGAGAGGCGCACAGGUCUCUCAAGCCAGGCUCCAGCACUACUCUCCUUGGGGGCUCAGGGGCCUUCCAGCUUACUAGUUCCAUCUUAACAAGGUAGCUUAUAAAGAUCAUUUUAAAACCACACUGUCUAAUUAAAUGCCCCUGGGUACUCCCCCAUGUCCUAGUAGCAUGCAGGAAGGAGAAGCUGUGGGACUGUUGUGCUCCAAAGGCACUGCUGCCUUUGCAGUCUUAGCUGACUGAAAUCAUGCAGUAGCUUUGAGCAAAGGCUCUAUUCCUCUUAUUGCUCCCCCCCUCUCCCCCAUAACUCUGGAACUGAGGUGGGGCAUGAAUGCUACACAUUACUUAAAGAAACCACAACCCCUAAGGCUAACCCCUCAGGCUAACCCCUCAGGCCACCUGUAUUCCUGAUUGGAAUAGUCUGAGAACCCUUAAGCUUCCAAGCUGCUCAUCUGGGGACACCUUGGACUUUCCUAAGACUUACAGCUGUCUUGAGGGACAUUGCCAUGGUAGGGUCUUGCAACUGCUGCCAGCCCACAAAUCCUUUUAUAGCACUUAGCAACGCACUUGGAUUGGAUGUAAAAUAGUAGCCCUUGCACUUGCAUUGAUGCGUAAACCAGGGGGUUAUAAGUAGCAGUAAAACACCAAGGGGUGGGGAAGAUGCUACUGCUAAAGUGCAGUCUCCUGGAUUCCUACAGAAGAGAUGUUUAUUUGGAAAUGAGCUUAAGGGUAUCAAAUCGGGAGUUCUGAAAUUAUAACCCAAAUUCCACAUCCAGGGAAUUGCAUCGUGACCUUUAGGGUUAUGAUUUUUCUAGUUCUGUUUGUGGAGGCUAAUCCACAUUUACGUAAUUGUCUCUUUGGGAAGAGGCAGGUUGGCAGAAGAUAAGGGAAUGAAAACUUUUCCUAGUGAGAUUCCCUAUGAACUGAUCUUCUUCUUCCCUUGCCCCUUGCAAAUUUUCUAGAGAAUCAUAUAGUUCAUUUUAUUGCAACUAAGAUAAAUGCCUAGACCCCAAUACAAAUUCCCUAUCAUAUAUUAUUCUGCUUGAUGAAGCUGCCCAAAAGCUACCAGCUGCACAGUGUUGUUGGCUUCUCACGACCAAGGUUCAUCAGCUGAUAUCUGGACACUUUUUCCAGGCAAGGGGCAUGCCCAUUGGAUUACCCAUAAUUGUUUCCUUCCUCCCACUUUGCUUGGCUUGGUUGACCAGUGUUUGUUUGAACUGGGAGUGUUGUAGUCUGUUGUAAUUAUUGAGAGCAGUGGCCAUUCAAUGGUCUAUACUGGAGAGGGGGUCCGUAUGAUAAGUGUUACAGUGGAACAAGAUGCCUCCGUUUCCUUGCAGAAGGCUGGGUUGUGCCUGUUUAGUCUCGAGAGAUUCAGAUGAUUCAAAUGGAGGAGGGAGGGCUUUCUUCUCUAUUACAGUUUCACUUCCUGCAUUGCAAAGAGGACCAGAGCUUGUUUCCUUGAGGGGGCUGGAACCAUUUGAAUGAAUGGGGCGGAGUUCUCUUUUCCUCAUUCGCAGCUUUAAGAACGCCAAAAUAAACCGUGUUCUCUGAUGCCCAAGGAGGAGUGACUGAUGCUCAUCAUAUUUCAUGCUGCCUCAGAUAUAUAGAACCUCCUCCUAUCAAGUUUUCUGUCUGCAUUGUUAUUUUUUUCCAUUUUGCUUUUUUAAAGCAGUUUGUUAAUAUUCAUUAAAAAGAAAAAAGAAUCCUGUAUAGUUUAAUUUGAUGUCAUUUUGGAUCUUUAAAAAAAGAGAUGUGAUAACUUGGAUUUUAAAAGAGAUAUUCAGUUCUAGGUAGCUGUUUUUGAUGUUUAAUAUAUAGUGAGUUCAGUGUAUGUUUAAUUGUAGGAGUAAAAUAUGAAACAAGAUCAAGGCAAGUUCAUCUUGUUCAGGUCUGUCUUUGUGAAUGGCUUGGGGGUGGGGGGGUGGUGCUUGAGGCAUCGCAAAUGGAAGGUUAGAUUCAGGAGGAAUAUACUAAGAAACCAAAUUUUAAAGUCCAUUCAAAUAUAACAGACCUGGCCGUGGAGGCAAGUUUUAUUGUUCCAGAUGCAGAAACCUUCUGUGUUUUACACUAAUUUGCACAAAUGCCUUGGGAGGUCCUUUGGGAAUGACCCACACUUCUGAAUGGACUCAGAAGUGAAUGCAUUCAUUUAAAAUUAAAACAAAACAAAUCAAGAAUGUGUCCCAGUGUUCUCGCUGGAGUUAUUUUGACAGCAGCAGCUACUGACAGUUUAAAUAUACAAGUCAAUGUUUUGCAUUAGUGUUUGCCACUAGAGUUGCAGUAAUAGACCUCACUCACAGUUGCUCUGCCAGCUGUUGUUUGAACUGCUGGGGAGAGACCAAAAUGUGGAUUAAUGAGGCCGUACUCUAGCUAAAUAGCAGACAAUAGGUUUUAUUAUGGGUGGUAAAUACCAGUCCCUUGAGAUAAGAGAGGUGCGGAUAUGAAUAUAUAGUAGGGAGUGGCUGUGCGGUUCCUGCAAUCUCAGUACUUUUGCUGUGAGGUGCCAGAAGGGGGAGGGGGCAAUCACUAAGCAAUACUGUUGUUAUUAAGAAAUAAUUCUCCUUUUUGUCCCAGUUUGAUUUCUGACCUAUUGCUGUAGGGGUCCAGCAAACUCUUUAGCAUUCUGUCUUUUCAACUCAGUACCUCUUCCAAGCUUUAGGCCAGUUUUAGAAAUGGGGAACCAAGCUACACUUAAUUUUGUUUCCUCCUGGCAAUAGUGCUCAUUCUGGUUGUGUUUGGCUGUGUGCUUCUGACUUAGAGCCAAACAGUGAGUCAUGUGCUGGACUUCUCUAGACUAGCAAUGCUGGCUGGGCAGUACAGUGUAUCGUGGGUAUCCUGACCACCUGCUCCAGCCCUUAACAGGUGCUCUUGGUGACAGGAGGGAGCAGUAGUUGUGUCUGUCCUGUGUAUAAGUUGGUCUCGUAUAUAGAGACAGGCAUGGGGAGGUGAGGCUUGGUACUCCACUGAGAACUGAGGGUGAGGGUUGGUAUUUCAUCAUUCAGGUGGAAGAUUUUGCUCUGUCCUAGCUGAGGGUGCUUUCAUUUGGAAAGUCACUGCUGGUAGCACUUGCCAGAGGCCUGCCCCUGAUGCUAGUGAUGCGAUAGCUCAUUCUAUCUGUGGCAGGUACAGGAUGUUACUUGCUAAGUGGAGGAAGGUUUGAGUAGGUGUGAGGGCCCAGCCAAGUGAAAUUUUCAAACAGCCUUGUUGAAAUCAGGGAAACUAGGAUGGAUUAGGGAAACCAGCAUGGGUUUGUAGCAGCUAGAUCAUGCCUGACCAAUCUGGUUUGGUUUUAUGACGGGGUCACAAAAUGCUUAGAUGCAGUAGAGGUGGAUGUCGUCUUCUUGGAUUUUAGCAAGGCCUUCGAUACGGUAUCUCAUCCCAUUCUCAUGAAUAAAUUAAGAGGCUGAGACACAGAUGGUUACACAGUCCCAUGGGUGGCAAAUUGGCUUAGCGGUUGCACCCAGAGAGUGGUAGUAGAUGGGUUGGUAUUGACCUGGAAGGAUGUGGGUAGUGGGGUCCCUCAGGGUUUGGUCCUUGGACCUCAACUCUUCAAUAUCUUCAUCAGUGACUUGGAUAUGGGCAUGAAGUGUACUUUGUGCAAGUUUGUGGAUAAUACUAAAUUGUGGGAUGAAGUGCACACUCCAAAGGGUAGGGAAUGAUUGCAGGCAGACUGGAACAGGUUAGAAAAGAGGGCAGUACACAAUAGGAUGCAGUACAACAAGGACAAGUGCA